ACUUUGGAAGAAGUAAAGCAGAGUUCUGAACAACACAAAAGACUAAUAGCAAGGGUAGAAGCCUCUGCAUCAAGAAAAAGAAGGUAUAUAACUGUAGAUAUGGAAAACAUGCAGAGAAAGAGAGCCAAAGUUCAUGAUACCAGAACAAAACAGGAAAAUAUAGUAGGAGGUAUAUCAAGUAUAGUCAAUAUGGAUGAAGACUCUUUUUCAAGUUCCUACAAUACAGUUAACGAUGCGAUAGGAUCGAAAGAAAAAUAUUUUGGAAAGAGUUAUGCAACAUCAGGUGAUGUUUUAUGUGACAAUAAUGAUAAUCAAAUCGAAAUCAGAAAAGGAUUAGAAAGUAAUGUAGAUACUACAGAGAAUGAG